AUGCGUCGAGCUGGAGGAGAAGGGAUCGUGCUUCCGUUAGCAUCCAGAGAGCUAACGGGCAGGUCUGGGGAAACAGGCUGUUGGGUAAGGCGUCCUGCGCAGUGGAGACCGACAGACAGAUAUUUAUCGGCGCCUUCAGAUGUCCCCAGUUAAUCCUUGAGCCGACCAUUAUCCCUCCAUGCUGACCAAGAAAGGAAGAUAACGUUAAUAGCCCUGCACUGCCGCUUCAAUUAGCUUAUCAAGACAGAAAAGGGAGACGGCUUUUUUUUGCUCUGAAGGAGGACUUUCCAUUGGAUAAAACCAGUUUACUUAAACAACAAGAAUAAAGAUAGGAGUACAGCAGCCUUAACUAAUUUAAGGAUGAAGUUAACGAGUAGCAGACAUUGUGCGACUGAAGGAGAUGGGAAGAAAAUGGACCAGGCUCCCCCAGUCAGAAACCCUUUCGUGCACGUCUUGAAAUUUACACCAAUGGAAAAGGCGAAGAUUGCAGUAAUGACAGUCACACUAUUCCCCAUUCGUCUACUCAUAGCUGCAUUUAUGAUGCUACUGGCAUGGCCGUUUGCCUUCAUUGCCUCAGUGGGGCGCUCCGAAACCACCGUUGAACCCCAGUGCCUCUGGAGAAGGGUGGUGGACAUUAUUCUCAGAGUCAUCAUGCGGGCCAUGUGGUUUGCCGGAGGUUUUCAUUGGAUGACUGUGAAAGGGCAAAGGGCACUACCUACAGAAGCACCUAUCCUGACCCUGGCCCCCCACUCAUCUUACUUUGAUGCCAUUCCAGUUACAAUGACAAUGUCCUCGAUUGUCAUGAAAGCUGAGAGCAAGGAUAUACCUCUUUGGGGCACUUUGAUAAAGUACAUCAGGCCAGUGUUUGUGUCACGAUCGGACCAGAACUCAAGAAAGAAGACUGUGGAGGAGAUUAAACGAAGAGCCCAUUCUGGGGGAGACUGGCCUCAGAUUAUGAUUUUUCCAGAGGGGACAUGCACAAAUAGAUCCUGUCUCAUCACUUUCAAGCCAGGGGCCUUCAUUCCAGCUGUUCCAGUGCAACCUGUGGUUAUUAAGUAUCCUAAUAAAUUGGACACAAUCACGUGGACCUGGCAAGGCCCUGGAGCGUUUAAAAUCUUGUGGCUGACACUCUGCCAGUUACACAAUGAGUUUGUGGUAGAGUUCCUUCCUAUUUAUACCCCAUCAGAGGAGGAGAAAAAGAACCCAGCUCUCUUUGCUAUCAAUGUGAGACAAGUCAUGGCUAAAGCUUUGGGGGUGCCCAUCACAGACUAUUCAUUUGAAGACUGCCAGCUGGCUAUGGCCGAGGGCCAGCUGAAGCUGCCAGUCGACACCUGUCUGCUGGAGUUUGCCAGACUCAUCAGGAGGCUGGGGCUGAAACCGCAGAACUCUGAGAAGGUUUUGCAGGAUUACGGUAACAAAGCCAGGAAGCUUGAGGGUCAGAAGCUUGGCUUAGACAACUUUGCCCACUUCCUCAAUGUGCCGGUUUCAGAUGUGCUUUGUGACAUGUUUGCUCUCUUUGAUGAGUGUGAAGAUAACAGCAUGGAUAUCCGGGAGUUUGUGAUCGCCUUAUCGGUUGUAUGCAGACCUGUCAAGACUCUGGAAACGAUGAAACUAGCCUUCAAGAUGUUUGAGGCAGAUGAGGAUGGUGCUGUCACAGAAAGUGAGUUGGCGGUUAUUCUGAAGACAGCUUUAGGACUGGCUCACCUCAAUGUGUCACAUCUGUUUACUGCCAUCGAUGCUGAUGACACAGGAAAAAUUUCAUUUGACAAGUUCAGAGCUUUUGUGGAGGAGAACCCAGAGUUUGCUGAGGACUACCUUUAUACAGAAAACGCAGGCCUUCAGAGCGGCCCCUGCCACGGUCGGCAAACGCAGCCCAACCCGUCCACCCUGAACCCUCAAAACACUGCCACCAGCAAAACAGCCAACGGUAUCUGCCCCGACUUCAGCCCGAAGGAGCACGAUGGCACAACAGAUGCUCUCUCCAAGAAACACAACUAGAGGUUUCAAAAAAGAAAAAAAAAAAAACUAGCCCCUCUCCUGGUGAGAGCUGGCUGGUUGUCUGUGAGUAAGGGACUACAUUUCAUUAACCGCAAAUAAAAAAAUGGUUUACCCCCUUUUUUUUGUAUUUUGUUCAUAAAAUUGACCAUUUUCAGCCUGUAACAGUUUGUUACUUUACUUUUUAUUUGAAAGAAUUAUCAAAAUGCCAAACAAUGGCUUUUUUAUAUACAAUGCUUGAAUACUUGAAGGGCAAGCACUUAUGUGGCAAUUUUUUUCUUUCUUUUCUUUUUUUUUGUUUUUGUUUUUUUCUCCACUUUUUCCCUAUUACAUAAUACUGACUGCGCAUGUUUUUAACUCAAGAGAACCACAAGAAAAACAAACCCUAGAUUUGUGAAUUCAAUGUUUUGUUUUCCAUUUAUUUGUAACUUUCUAUCCAUUUACCUACUUUUAAAGGUAGCUGCCUUUUAAACUGAAAGUGCAGAAUGACCGGACUCAUCUUACGCUGAGCAGUACGUACGAUUGUUAACUGGAAAAGAAAGAAGAUCCGAGGGUACCGGUGAAGAUUGACAGUAUCUGAGGUUAACUCUGGUCUCUGCACGCUGAUGAUCAAAGCUCCUGUGAGUCCGGUGUGUGUGCUGUGUGUGUGUGUGUGUGUGUAUGUAUACAUUUGAUUUAGCUCAGGGUUCAGUAACAAAAAUUGAAAACUCCUAUGAUGUCAUCAUAUUUGUAUAGGUUACGUGCAUGUAAAGUCUUUUGCACAUCAGCACUCUUCCUGUCUAGUCAUUUCUCACACACACAAUCUUUUUGUUGUUUUGUUUUUUACGACAUAACUUGGACCAAAAAUUCAUCAAAUGAUUUCAUUUUCCACUCUUCAUGUUGUGCUUUUGGUUUGUUUCAGUGGUGCAACAACUUAAAGGGAACAAAUCAAACCACGUGACCUCUGAAAGCUACUUCCCUUAUUGCAUUAAAAUCUUUGCAAACAAUUUUGAAAAUUGAGAUGUUUCUCAGGUUUUUAUUUUUUUUUUUAAAAAGUUCAAUUAAUUGUUGUGAUGAUUGCAGACUCAGCUGUUCAAACUGUAAUUGUUCACGUUGUUUCUGAUCUGCACAAAAAGAAAAUAUUUGCUGGUUUUGUCAUUUAGGAAAGUUGUAAAACAGGUUCCAGCACUUUUGUGUCAGAACACAGUUGAGAAAUCAUCAGUUCUUGUUGUUAUUUUUUUUCUUCCCACUUUAAUUUUUUUUCUCAGAAACUGAAAAUCCAUACAGACAUGUCACUUAAAUGUGGCUUAAUUUCAGGUGCUCAGUACCUGUAC